GAAGUCGACAAAAAAUAGACAAAUCGCCUUUUACUAUUUGUCUCGUGCCGCGCAUCUUCACAGAGCCAUUAUCGACUCUUUGACAUCUCUUCUUGAGAAUCCGUCUUUUUGCGCAGACUCUAGGUGACCUCUUCUCGGCCGAUUGGAUGCAGAGCGCUUUUUGGGAGGAUUUUGCGAAACGGACCCGGCGACUUUUUUGACGCGCCUCGACCGAGGAUCGAUGAGUGAAGCAUCUGCGCCUAGACGACGUAGUACUCGCUUGCAGGCGGCAACAUCAAAUGAACCUUCGAUAGCGCUCGGUCAGCGCAAUGAGCCCACAACGCCGAAAGCUAACAAGCGGAGGAAGCUUGCAAACACGGCAUUGCCGCUGUCACCCUUUGUUGGCCACUUUACACCUAGCAAGCUCAGGACCGAUGAAGCCAAAUUCGGUCUGAUACAAGAGAGGAUGGCGCCCGAUAUUUGGAAGAUGCUCAUUGCUACUUGCCUGCUCAAUCAGACUUCCGGACGAGCAGCAGUACCUGUGCUGUAUCAAAUACUCGAGCGAUGGCCAACUGCGCAUGCACUUGCAGCGGCAGACCUGCAGGAGCUCACGCAAGUCAUCUACCCGAUCGGGCUCUACAAUCGACGAGCACGUAUGCUCAUCAGGUUUUCUCAGACUUAUGUGGACGAGCCGCCGACGGAAGGCAUCUUGUCGUGUAACAAGUCUGAUCGAGCGUAUGUGCCAACGAUGAUCAGUCACUAUCCUGGCGUUGGACGAUACGCACUCGACUCGUACCGCAUCUUCAUCGAGAACGCCAACUCAUCAGAGCCAAGCUGGAGAAGCGUUUUGCCGCUCGACAAGGAGCUCAAAAAGUAUCUCGAGUGGCGAUGGGCGCUAGAGGGAAAAGCUUGGGAUCCUCAGAAGGGCGUCACCGGAGACUUGUCUGUAGCCCAGCAGGAAGUAUUCCACGUUGCCCAGCUCGAGAGAGCUUCGCGAUAUUGGUCGAAGGAGUGACGACACGGACUCGCUGCAUGACGCGAUGACGCGCUGUUGUAAAUCAUCCUCCGCAUUGCACUUCGCUUUGGAGACACUCCUUGUCAAGAGCC